UAAAAAACAACCCCCUUAAAAUAUAAACAUUUUAGGUAUUCUCUAAGAGCGUAAAUAGAGUGAACUAGCUGCUAAAAUGCAAGAAUUCAAAACCAGAAACACAUUUUUUUUUUAUAGAAUGUAACUUCCAUAUGAGAUAAACGUGACAUUGUCCUGGUCGUUUCAUGCCCAGCACUUUACACGUUGCAGUGCCAAGUUCCUGGACAGAAAGACUCAAAAGAAUAUUGAAAAAUGGAAAGUAGGCUCCAGGACCUGGUUCAGCACCGGGGUCUUCUGAUGAUGAUAUUUGUGCUGGGAAUAGGCGGUACCUUUCAAAAUGGAUUUCACAUCUCUGUCAUGAAUUCCCCCUCAGUGUUCAUAAAGAGGUUUAUCAACAACACAUGGAUAUAUCGCUAUCAGUCCCCAGUUGAAGAUAACACGCUCAUGAUAAUUUGGUCAUUUAUUGUGUCCAUAUACGCCAUUGGGGCCCUUUUUGCUUCACUAGGAGCAGGAUAUCUUAUAUCCAAAUAUGGCAAGAAAAGAUGCCAACUCUGCAUCUGUGUCAUCCCUCUGGUUGCUGCUGUGUUAGCUGGUUGCAGUAGCUUUGCCAAGUCUUUUGAGCUGAUCCUUAUCGCUAGAUUCCUUUACGGUAUAAAUGCAGGAAUUGGCUUUAGUCUUCACUCACAAUAUGCAGGAGAAAUUGCAUCCAAAAAGCUACGUGGUUUCACAAACACUAGUAUCUCCAUUUUUGUUACAUCUGGAAAAAUGGUUGGUCAGAUAUUUGGGCUCAGAGAGAUCCUGGGCACAGAGUCUGUUUGGCCUGUGUUAGUGUCUCUGAGUGGCUUCUGGUCACUGAUUCAGCUGUGCACACUGCCAUUCUUUCCAGAGUCUCCAUCGUACCUCCUCAUGAAGGGUGACAAAGAAGGGUGUUUGAGAGCUCUGAAACAACUGUGGGGUGAUGGAGACUACCAAACAGUCAUCAAUGAAAUGUCCAAGGAACAAGCUGCUAGAAGUGGUAGGAAAAGUCUAACUGUCCUGCAGCUUCUGCGGGAUCCUUCCCAUCGCUGGCAGCUCUAUGCUCUUAUUGCCUUGACAGUUGCUCUGCAACUUUGUGGGGUCAACUGGAUUUAUUUUUAUGCAUCUGAUGUGUUCAGAUCUGCUGGAUUCCACAACACGCAAAUCCCAUAUUUGACUAUCGGCGUUGGAAUUUGUGAAGCCACGUCUGUGAUCCUAUGCAGUCUGGUGGUUGAUCGUUUUGGCAGGAGGGUCUUCCUUCUUGGGGGUUAUACAGUGAUGGUAUUGGCACUGGGCCUUAUCACCAUAACAAUCUCAUUUCAGGCACAUGCUACCUGGCUGCCUUAUUUUAGUGUCUUCCUGCUCUUUCUAUUUGUUUUGUCAUUUGGAUCAGGACCAGGUGCUACCACAAUGACUGUCCUAGUGGAAAUAUUUUCCCAGAUUUCCCGCACUGCAGCAUUGGUCCUAGUGGGAUCAAUACAUUGGCUUCAAUUAUUCAUUUUAGGCAUGGCCUUCCCGUUCAUACAGGCUGCCAUUGGACAUUUUUGCUUUCUCAUUUUCCUUGUCAUAAUUGCUGCCUGUGGGAUAUAUUUGUACUUUUUCCUCCCAGAAACAAAAGGAAAAUCUUGGCUGGAAACGAAAGAGGAUUUUGAUAAAUACAGCUGUAGGAGACAAAACAUGGUUGAGAUUUCAGAGACCCUGCCAGAUAUCUAUGUAAUAUCUAGCAAGCUUUGAACAGCAAACAUGGCUGGAUUACAUCCUGGAAUUAAUAGUAUGGAAACAUCUCAGUUUAAAUUGGGAAGCUUAUGUGUGCCUAUAAAGCUCUUGUAUCUUUUCCAACUCAUAUUUAUAACAUACUACAUCUGACAAUGGACUGAUAGACAUUAACUAAUAAAUGCCAGGAGCCAAUUUUAAUGGUUUAAAAAACAUCAGCACACUGCAUUACAAGCCAUUCUACCCCCCAAACUGAAGCGAUGUCAUGUUCACUGAAUGUGUAAAAUACACAAAAAAUACUGGAAACAAGAGAACUAGAGAAGUUAACUCACAUUCACAUUGUAACUGUUGAAGUCAGAGGUGCUACUAAGAGAAUCUUGGCUCAGAAGGCAGUACCCCACACAUUAUCUGGGUAGCAGAAUGGCGCUACUGGUAACUUUAAGAGCUGAAAUUCCAGUUUUGUAAUUGUGCUUCCUGCUCAAGCAAUGUAGCCCCCUCUCAACUCAACCGUAGCUUCAGAAGGUAAGCACAUUCCAGGGGCAUUAGUAGCCCAGUGACAAAUCUCCUCUUAUUGGGCGACUAAUCUCCUCAAAAUGCCUUCCCGUUGGCAAGAAUGUGAAUCUCCGGCAGGAUGGCAUAGUAACGCUUUGUUUUUCGAAGUCGCUCAAAGUUUACUGAGGAAACUUUCAUGGGGACUUAAGUAAAACAAAGCGAUCCGUGGCACUUUGUUUCCCGAUGAAACUUCGGACGACUUCGAAAACCAAAGGGAGAUUAGUCACACCUGAAGAAGAGGAGAUUUGUCGCUGGGUGACUAAUCUCUUCAGAAUCGCCACAUGUGCCACCACCCUAAGGCCAGACGUGGCGUUUUUACGUUGCGCUUUUAAAGAAGAACAGCCAGGCAUAAAUACGCCACUGAAACCACAUGCGACCAUCAACAUGCGUUUUUCAUACGGUUUUCAGCACGUAGGAUUCUUUUCCUAACAUGCACAUCUCAUUGUUCUCAUUGAAUUUGGACACCAU